UCACCACCGUCUUCAUCAUCUGGGACAAGUGGAGCAGGUCUUCCGUCACACAGCCGGUGUCCGCCGCGGGGUUUGGAAGCACGGAAGUCUCGGUCUCCACCCAACACAAACUCCGCCAUGGCCAGAAGAGUGACCCCUAUGCUCCUCAGGGGGCUUCUGGAGACUUCCGAAGCCUUCUGCCCCAAAGCCGUGCGGGGGAACCGAGCCACAGCCCAUGUCGUACCCUUGUGGGGCUCCUGUGGGGCCCUGGCAGCCAGCCUGCCCGUCUGCCCGGCCGUUCCCUUCGGCCCCCCCAGCCGCAGCUUCGUCAACCUGGCUUUCCCCACCAUCGCACGCAGGGUAGAGUACACCGAGUGCAGGACAUUAGGGUAUUCUCCGGAGCAGAUGUACAACGUGGUGGUCGAUGUGGACCAGUACCAGCACUUUGUUCCCUGGUGCAAGAAGUCUCGGGUCACAAGGGGGCAAAGUGGGGUCGUCCGGGCGUACCUCGAGAUCGGUUUCCCCCCUGUUGUGGAGCGCUACACCUCUGAGGUCACCGUUGUGCCAAACCACCAAGUCAGGGCCGUUUGUACUGACGGGUCCCUCUUCAGCCAUCUCGAGACUAUUUGGAAGUUCGCCCCUGCAGACAACAACCUCCAGACCUCCUGCAAAGUGAAUUUCUAUGUGUCCUUUGAGUUCAAGUCUCUUUUGCACUCUCAGCUGGCCAGCGUCUUCUUUGACGAAGUUGUUAAACAGAUGGUCAAUGCCUUCGACUCGCGAGCUGCGACGCUUUACAGGAACCAGCAGGAGGCGCCGUUGAAAAGGCGGUCCUUGUGAGGCCUCCACGUUCCCCUUAACCUUUAAUCCAACAUAUCUACCUCUUACCUACAAUGAACCAGAAGGCUGGUUCUUCUUUUUGCACACAUUUUCUUUAGUUGACAUGCACAUUUAAUCUACUGUUAUUUAUAAUCCAAACUAAUUUAUUUGCUUGCAUGUACAUAUUUAGUUACUUGUAGGUCAGGAAUACAUGUUUUCAAAAGUAUUGUUUAAGCUCAACACAUCUUAAAGGAUUGAGUUAUUUGUAACUUAACUUUUAUUUUGGUGAAAUAAACUUAUUUUUCAAAA